ACCGCCCGCGGCCCCACCGCCCCUGUCCCACACCUCCGUCAACGCUUCCUUAACCCACGCCCAGGGAAGCUGCCGCUGGAAUCCAUCCAGGUGGUGCUGGAGGAGCUCCGCAAGAACGGGAACCUGGAAUGGUUAGAUAAAAACAAAACCAGCUUCCUGAUCAUGUGGAAGAGACCAGAAGAAUGGGGAAAGCUCAUCUAUCAAUGGGUGUCAAGGAAUGGCCUGACCAACUCUGUGUUCACACUGUAUGAACUGGCCAGUGGAGAUGAUACAGAGAAUGAAGAGUUUCAUGGCUUGGAUGAGGCUACGCUGCUCCGAGCCCUGCAAGCCUUGCAGCAGGAGCACAAGGCUGAGAUUAUCACGCUGGAUGACGGCCGAGGCGUCAAGUUCUUCUGACAGGAGUCUCCUCCCCUUGCCCACUGCAGUCCCAGGUCUCACAGCCAAGCAUUGCUCUCUGGGCCUGGCUUCAAACUGUGACUGCAAGUAGCUGCAUCUUGGGAUUUCUUGGGUCAAGAUGAGUCUGCGAGCCCUUCCAAAGACUUAGGAAUAUCCUGAGAUCCUCUGUCUGUCUGUUCUCCCUGUUGAUGUGCUUGAGAGGCUAAAGCUGCUCUAGGCAGUUCUGAGAGGGACCACCCAGAAGUGAAACUGGACUGCUGAUGGUCCCUGUUCUGUGAUGGCCUCGAAGCAGUCCCAGCUGGCUGGUCAAGCUUGGCCUCAGAGGCCCCCCUGUAUCCCUGCCAGCCACGAGCCUGGGUCCUGCAGUCCUGCUGCAGUGCCAGGGGCGAGGCAGGAGCUGGGGACUGACGAUUAUUGCUACGCUGUGGAAGCCCUCAGUGGCAUAAGGAAAUGCACUUGCUGCCAAGCAGGCUGGGGGAAGCCAGGGAACUAAUUUCAGGUGAUUAAAAUGAGAUGUAUUUAUAGAGCAGCCUGGCUAUUUUCAUCUAUCUUUAUUUUUCCAUCAGAAGCAAAACAGAGCAGUGUACCACAUUUCUGCCCUUCAGUCAUAUUUCCUCGCUACCCCAGGGAAAUGCAGUGGUUCCAGGGUGGGAAGCAGCAGCACAAGUGCAUUUCUCCACUUGACAGAGUUGUGGCCUGUGGGGACACUCACUGCCCUCCUCAGGACAACAUUUACUUAAAAUUUGCAUGUGCAGCCUGCUGGAAGCCCCUGGGCUUGUGCAGAGGUGAUGGGGUAAGCUCUGUACCACUGUGGCUGGGAGAGGGAUGACUCAGCUUUAGGCUCUCAGUGUUGAUAACAAAGUCCUCACCUUGUCAGGAACCAUGGCCCAGGUGCAGUUGCUGACCCUGUCAGUCCUGGGGAAGCAGAUGGCUGUGCUGGGACAGGAUCACCUUGCCCUGAUCGCUGUGUGCAUGGCACUGGCAGAGCUUGGGAGCAGUGCUGGAGUGACCUCAGGUCAGGCCAGUGUGGUCAGUCUGGGGGGUCCAGCAGAGCAGAUGACACUGGCACCCCAACAGGCUGCCACUGUCUGCCCCUGUCUGGUGUUCCCUGCCCUCGGGGACAACCCAGCACUGGCUCACCUGCUCCUGACAGCUGAUGUCAGUGAGAUGCUGGAGUCUAGCUGUGAAAUGUAAAAAUUUGUUUAGUAGCAGGAGCCCGUUGACCUGAACUCGGUGGGAUGUGCUGCCCUGGUGUGGGCACAUUGCUCUGGAACUGUGCUGGAGCCCAGGCUUCCUCUCCAUGCCAGGCUCAGCAGUGCUGUGGAAGAAUUCCUGAGUGCCAGCACUUCACUGCUGAACAGAGGCACCAGCAGUGCUUGUAAUGAGUCACUGGCACAAUGGGCUAGUGUGGGCUCUUUUCUGAGGACCACCACCCCUGCGAGCUCUGUCACGGUCCUGCUGUGCACUGACAGUGCUGAGCAAACCCAGCUGUGCCAUGGCAUGUCCCACGAGCUCUGCAGUGCAUCUGUCCCCACAACUGGCACAGUCUCUGCUUGAUCAGGGAUCAUCCCUCUAUGUCUGCAGCCAGCAAAGUCUGUGUGUAGGAUUUAUGUGCUCCCAGUGUCUGCCCUGGGUUUGUUUCCAUGUCCAAGAUCUGCCUCAGCUUUCCUCCCCAUGCCACCUGCAUUUUCCCUUCCCUCCGUGGUUGCUCUGCCUGCCCUGCUGCUCCUGUACCCCUGCAGAGAGCCAGGGUGCUGUGCCUGAAGGUGUCUGCAUUUGACCCCAAACAAUGAGCCUUCAGCAGCCGGCCUGGAGUGUCUGUUCUUGCUGUCUGUGUGCACGAUUCUGACCUCCCAGCACCGUGUUCCAGGCUGGGAGUGCCGUAUGUAACCUGGCUGUCCUUGAGGGAGUCUGUGUUCUUAAUUAAAUUUGCUCCCUUCUUAGGAAA